AUGGCGAUAUUCAACAGGAGCUCCAGCUCCUCGGCUGAUAGCCCAUCGAGAGACCCAGAAAAGUACGGGAAGACCGACUAUGUCGCCGGCGCCACCGCUGCGCCCGUCGUGGACGAGAAUGGUGUUACGGUACACGCUGAUAACCAUCACCUUCACCGUGGCCUCAAGUCUCGCCACAUUACUAUGAUUGCCAUCGGUGGUGCUAUUGGAACUGGUCUCAUCAUUGGUACUGGAAAGGCGCUGGCUCAAUCUGGACCCGCAUCUAUUCUCAUCGCUUACACGUCUGUUGGUUUCCUCGUCUACAUCGUCAUGACUGCUCUCGGUGAAAUGGCUGCUUGGAUUCCUCACGGCUCUGGAUUUGCCGGUUACGCUACCCGCUUCUGUGACCCUGCUCUUGGUUUCGCUCUCGGUUGGACCUAUUGGUUCAAGUACAUCAUUACUACGCCUAACCAACUGACUGCCUCCGCGUUGAUUAUACAAGAAUGGAUCACGGCGGAACGCAUCAACCCCGGAAUCUGGAUCCUGAUCUUCCUUGUCCUAAUCGUCAGCAUCAACUACUUUGGUAUCAAGUUCUUCGGUGAACUUGAGUUCUGGCUUAGUUCGAUCAAGGUUGUGGUCAUUGUCGGUCUUAUCAUUCUUUCCUUCCUCUUGGCAGUCGGUGCCGGACCUGGCCCCGCGACUGGAUUCAAGUACUACAAGAACCCGGGCGCCUUCAAACCGUACAUCGCCAAAGGCGAUGCGGGUAAAUUCUACGGCUUCUGGGCUUCCCUGGUCAAUGCUGUGUUCGCCUACCUUGGAACUGAGCUGAUCGGUGUCACUGUUGGCGAGGCUCAGAACCCUCGCAAGACUAUCCCAAGGGCCAUCAAGUUGACUUUCUACCGAAUUCUGUUCUUCUACUGCUUGUCUGUUUUCUUCCUGGGCAUGCUUGUCCCGUACAACUCAGAAGACCUCGCUUUCGCGAACAAGCAGACCGCUAAAGCCUCCGCUUCUCCCUUCGUCCUCGCCAUUAGACUUGCUGGUAUCAAGGCGUUGCCUGAUAUCCUCAACGCAUGUAUCCUGAUCUUCACCUUCAGCGCAUCCAACUCGGAUCUGUACAUCGCCUCUCGUACUAUCUAUGGUCUCGCAGAGGAGGGUCACGCGCCCAAGAUCUUCAAGUGGACCGACAAGCGUGGUGUCCCUGUCCCUGCCUUAGCAAUCUCAGCACUUUUCUGCUGCACCGCCUUCAUGAACGCUGCCAAAGACUCUAGGGUCGUUUUCGGCUACUUCGUCAACCUCACUACUAUCUUCGGUCUACUGUCCUGGAUAUCGCUACUUGUUUCGCACAUCUACUUUGUUCGUGCACGUCGUGCCCAGGGUAUCACAAACGAUCAGCUGGCUUACGUCGCUCCUCUCGGUCUCUGGGGUUCAAUCAUUGCACUGUUCUUCUGCUGCCUGAUUGCCCUCACUAAGAACUUCAACGUCUUCACGCGCGGCACCUACGGUGACUUCGACAGCGUAAACUUCGUCACUGGUUACAUCGGCAUUCCCGUCUAUCUCUUCUGCAUUUUCGGCUACAAGAUCUUCAUGAAGUCCAAGGGCGUAAAGCCGCACGAGGCUGAUUUCUACUCGGGCAAGGAUGAGAUCGACAGAGAAGAGGAGGCCUUCCUGGCCCACCAGGCUGAGAUUUUGGCUGCGAACGGAGGCAAGAAGCCGGGCAGCUGGUUCUACAGGACCUUCCUUUCGUGGCUGUUCUAA